AUGGCAGUAGCAAGCGAUCUCGAUAAGGCACAUCUCCACUAUCUUGUCGUUAUAGAGAGGGUCACAUCGGGGCUCUCAGUGGCAGGAUGUCUCUUCGUUAUCAUAACGUUCCUAAUCUCGAAGUCGUUCCGUAGGCCAAUCAACCGCCUCAUCUUCUUCGCAUCCGUGGGCAACUUGUUCACCAAUAUUGCAACAGUCACCGCUGCGGCGGUUCUAGACAAUGAGACCGGCUUCCUCUGCCAGGCCCAGGGAUUUUUAAUCCAGAUGUUUAUGGCUGCGGAUGUCUUAUGGACACUGGCAAUGGCCUUCAACGUAUAUCUUACCUUCUACCACAAGUUUGGAGUUGCGAGGUUAAAGAAGAUGGAGAAGUGGUACUUUUUACUUUGCUACGGCCUCCCGUUUAUUCCAGCGUUUGCCUACAUCUGGGCUCAGUCUCCUGGAAAGGGAAGGAUAUACGGAAAUGCUCUCCUGUGGUGCUGGAUCACGCCGGAGUAUGAUUAUCUUCGCGUUGCUACCUUUUACGGACCUAUCUGGCUCGUUAUCCUUGUCACGUUUGGAAUCUACAUUCGCGCUGGCCGCGAAAUCUACAACAAGCGUAAGCAGCUUCGCCAAUUCGCCUCGAGUGAAAUUGGUCCUGACAUGAUUCCAACGAACCCCUUCAAUCAUGGCGCCAUUCACGAACAGACAGAUGUCGCCAUCUCCUACGAAAACACUGCGGACCACCCAACCAUCGACGUCAACGCCCUAGGCCGCCAGCUAUCUGCAGCUGACCGACGCCACUCCGGCCAAAAUGGCCAGCCGCAGUAUACAGUUGCCGUCUCCGCCGUUCCUGCGGUCUACAAAAUAGGCAGCAUGCCACCCUUCCCAUCUGUAUCUAAGCGCCCAAAGAAGACGAAGGAAGAGAAAGAAAGGGGCGAGGACCCCGCCCUCAAGCGCUACCAAACAAUCGAAGCCAACCGCGCCGCCUGGGGCUACACUAAGGUCGCCGUGCUCUUCUUCAGUGCCAUGCUAAUCACCUGGAUUCCAUCGAGCGCUAACCGUCUCUAUGGUGUCGCACAUCCGGGCCAGAUCUCCAUUCCCCUUACCUACGCUGCCGCCUUCGUGCUCCCUCUUCAGGGCUUCUGGAACUGCCUCAUCUACAUGAUUACCAGUCUGAACGCUUGCAAGGAGCUGCUCGGCUGGAUGGGUGUCAAGCGCUACAGCGACGGCACCCUGCGCCACGGCGGCCACGAGAGACGCAAUAAUACCUUCGGAAUGACGAACCUAGAUAUGGGGAGGGGCACGCGCAUACCGAGCAUGGCGGGCGAUAAGGAUAUCAGCGAGACGGAAAGCACCGUAGAACUGGCGACUCAGCAGUAG